AUGGCAUCGUCGAGUGGGACGAAAAUUAUCGCGAUUAUUGGUGGUACUGGAGCCAUGGGACGUCCAAUUAUUGCUGCAUUGAGUCAAACAAAUUCGUAUAAAUUGCGUGUUUUAACACGUGAUACUCAAAGUGAACAAGCAAAAACUAUUUCGAAAACAUAUCCAAAUGUCGAACUGAUCGAAGGUAAUUAUGCUGAUGAUCAAUGUAUACGAAAAUUAUUUACAUCUAUCUAUGGUGUGUUUUGUAAUACCGAUAUUUGGAGUUGUGGUGGCUAUCAAAAUGAGAUCGAUCUAGGAAAGAUGAUAUUCAACAUUGCUGAAGAAAUGAAUGUACAACAUUUCAUCUACAGUUCACUGGAUCAUACACAAAAAUUGUUGGCUAAUCAUGGUGGAUAUCGAUGCCAUCAUUAUGAUGCCAAAGCAAUUGUAGCUGAAUACAUUGAAUCUAAUGAUCCAAAACGACAAAUACCAUGGACAAUAAUUACCACAGCUCCAUAUUUCGAAAAUUUCCAAUCAGUUUUUCUUCCAAAAAAAGAUCCUGCUGAUUCUGAUCAAUUGAUAUUUACCUUUCCUAUGGCCGACAAACCUAUCGUCCUGGUCGCUCUUGACGAUAUUGCUUGGUUCGUUAAAUACAGUUUCGAAAAUCCGAACAAAUCUAUUGGAAAAAACUAUUACAUUGCUGGUGAUAAUAUUACAAUGGAUGAACUUGUUCGAACUUUCAGUGAGAUAACCGGCAUCAGAGCAAAAUACGAUGAUAUGCCACUUGAGAAAUACGUCGAAACAAUGCGAGAAAAGAAACAUAUUGAUUUUGAUCGGAAAGAAAAUUUUAUUGGUUUUUUUCAGCAAUUUUUACAAGAGAAAGUCAAUCGGAAUUUCAAUGCAUUGAAAACUAUUCAUCCUGAUCUGCUCAAUUGGCGACAGUGGCUAGUGAAAACAGGUUGGAAAGGUGAACGUGGUACUAUUAAUACAUCAUCAGAUACAGAAUUCGAUGGUGAUUCUGAAUUUCUGAUCAAAAUUCGUAAAGCACGAAGUUUUCGUGGAGAAAAACCUAUUUUACCGUAG